AUACGCUUUUGGCCCUAUCAAGUUUUUGGCGCCGUUGCCGGGGACUGCCAUAUCUUAUUUUUAUUGAUUUUUGUGAGUGAAUCUGGGUGUUAGUGUGCAGAAGAAUUUUCAGGUUUAUCCUCCUCGUGCAUGCCUAGGAGGACGACCGACGAUUUACUGCCACUAGAUCUGGAGAUCGAGAAGACCUGCCGACAGAACAGGAAGCAGGUCAACUUAGGGAAGCAGCCAACCACAACUCCUAGGCCUUCCCUAACCCAGAAUCGUCACCACCUACACCACCACCGCGCAUCAUCGAGCCUGUCAUCAUGGCUGAACAGGAUCGUUCGAUCAGGGCUCGUCUGAAUCGGAGGACUGGAGCCCGAGCUUCAUGUGUUGUCAUUCCGGCUGGGGAUGCAAACAUGGAGAUUGCCCCAGCCUUCAUCAAUAUGAUCACGAAUGGGUACACCUUCUUAGGGGCUAGCACCGAGGAUCCUCAUGAACAUCUCCGCCGGUUUGCAAGCAUUUGUGAUACGAUGAAGAGCCCGACUGUGUCUGAUGAUGCCAUCCGUCUUCGGAUGUUAUCAUUUUCCCUGCUAGGGAAUGCAUCACACUGGUUCCAAAACCUAACACCCCGUUCCAUCACAACAUGGGGUCAGCUUGAGAAGACCUUUUUGGAUAAGUACUUUCCUCCUGCCAAGGCUAUGAAGAGGCAAGAGGAAAUUGUCACUUUUAAACAAGCUGAAGACGAAAGUCUGACCGAGGCAUGGGAGCGCUAUAAGGAGCUUCUAAUUAGAUGCCCGAGCCACGGUCUGGAAGAUUGGAACGUGAUCUCCAUUUUCUUCAACGGAAUCAGAAGACAAUACCGAGAUGCUCUGAAUAAUGCUUCGCGAAAUGGUUUCACAAGAAUGGAAGCACCAGAAGCAUAUGAACUGGUAGAGAAGAUAUGCUCUGAAGAUACUGAAUGGGGUAGUGAGACCGGCAUUCCAAGGAGAGGAGGCUUGCAUGAGAUAGACAGAGUUGCAAGUUUAGAAGCAAAGAUUGAUGCUAAGCUGGAUUCCAAGUUCGAUGCACUUGAACGAAGGCUGGCUAAGAUGGCUCUUGGUAGACAGGAGGAGGUUUCUUUUUGUGAAUUAUGUGAAGGUGCUCAUCAUAGGGAUCUAUGUCCACUGGUGGCUGAUCAGUUGGAAGAUGUGCAUUAUAUCAACAAUCAGCGAAAUCAAGGCCAGGGUGGUAUGUAUUCAAAUACCUACAACCCGCAAUGGAGAAAGCAUCCUAACUUUUCCUGGGCGAACAACAACCCAACUGGUGUUCGAAACAUCCCACCUCCUGGUUUUCAACAGCAGCAGCCUCAACCAGAGAAGAAGCCCCAGCUGGAGGAGUUGAUUUUGGCUCAUAUGCAGAAAACAGACUAUAAUUUCAAGGGCCUGGAUCAAUUUGUCACUCAACAGCUAGCCAUCAACAAUAAUUUACAAUCGUCUAUGCUAGCUAUGGAGAGGCAGAUGGGACAGAUGGCUCAAACUUUGGCAGAUAUGCAAGGCAGAAUUCCUGGGACAUUACCAGCAAAUACUGAGAGGAAUCCGAAGGAUGCCAUGGUUGUAGCAGUGACAUUGAGGAGUGGAAAGGCCUUGGAAGACCCUAGCAGCUCGGAAAAGGCACCAGAGGCAGAAGAGGAAGCACCGGGAGAAAGAUCUUGUGCAGAAAAUGAAGAAUCAGCCUUGCACAGGCAAAAUGAAAGUAGUUUGCCUGUGCAAAAGCAUGAUGCCCGUGUACCUCAAAAAGUGGAAAAAUUGAAGAAUGAAGAGGUAAAGCCUUACGAACCUCCCGCACCAUUCCCUCAAAGGUUAAUGAAGCCCAUGGAAGACCCAAACUUCAAGAAAUUUGUGAAUAUCUUCAAGCAACUUCAGAUUAACAUACCCUUGGCGGAGGCACUUGAACAGAUGCCUACAUAUGCUAAAUUCUUAAGGGAGUUGCUGACAAAGAAGCGGAAAUGGGCUGAUCUAGAGAAGGUAACCCUUACUUCUGAAUGUAGUGUUGUGAUUCAGAAUAAAUUACCAGAAAAGAGGGAUGAUCCGGGCAGCUUUACCAUUCCAUGUGUCAUUGGAGGUACAAAGUUCGAUAAAUCACUUUGUGAUCUUGGAGCAGGAAUUAAUUUGAUGCCAUACUCAGUCUACAAGAAAUUGGGAUUGGGAGAUGUUCUUAAGCCUACUCGGAUCACUCUCCAAUUGGUCGAUCGAUCAGUGAAAAUUCCAAAGGGAGUGGUGGAGAAUGUAUUGGUGAAGGUUGGGAAGUUUAUUCUCCCAACAGAUUUUGUGAUUCUGGAGAUGGAAGAAGAUCGGGGAGUGCCUCUUAUACUUGGUAGACCCUUUCUAGCCACUGGAGAUGCACUCAUCGAUGUUGGGAGAGGCAAAUUGGAUUGGCGGCGAUUUUCUUGAAUAGAGAGCAGAGGGACGCGAAUUCUUUGGAAGGAAAGCGAAGGGCGCAGCGCACGGAGCAGCAGUGCGAUUGAGAAUUUCGAUCGAUUUCUCCAAGCGGCUUGAGCUGAAUUCAACGAGAGCGAUUAGUUGGUUGGAUUUUCUAAACCGAAUUAGUUGUUUCUUGUUGAUUUAGAACAUGAUGAACAAAACCCUAUCGAUUUAUCUUAAUUUCGUUAUGAACUAAACCCCAAUUUCUGGGGGAAACACCAUAUGAUGUAGCUAUUUCUUGAUUUGAUGGAUUGAUUCAUGAUUCUUUUCUUUCAAUUUCUAUUGCAUGAAAUUGCUUAAUGCUUUGUGUUGACUGGCCACCAAUACAUCGAUUUGUAGUUAAUUAGGUUAUUAGCGACAAUGAAACCCUAUUAACUGAACAUAUUUCUUGUGACAUAGUAACUUAUCGAAGCGACAGUGGAUUAAAUAAGGUGCUAUGCGGUCUUAAAUAGGAUAUCGAUCUUCAGACUAUAUAGUUAAUUCAUUGAGCUACGACAGUAGGAUUUGAAUUGAUUAUUUAGUACGUAGUAAUUCCUGACAGGGAUAGCUAGCACAUUCGUGAUAUCCUGGCUGUAGAGGUAUGGAUUAAAUUGAUUGGAAUGUGUGAAUUAAUCUGGAUCGGAUAGGUAGUGAAUCUCGGUGUUUCUCCCAGAGCUUUCUCCCAUUGAUUUAAACCUGACACUUUAAUUUGCUUAAUUAGUUAAUUUUGCUAGUAGUUAAUAAUCUCGUUAAACCAUUUUCACCUAUAGUUUGCUCUAUCAAAUCGGUAAAACUUAAGGUUGUACCAGUCCCUGAUAGGGCAAAAGCGUAUAUGCCAAUUUCCUAUCUCGUAGUAAAACCGGAAAGUCCGGGUAUCGUCUCUCAGGGACUGGUACAACCUUAUAUUCUAUCAAAUUUAUGAGCAAACUAUAAGUGAAAAUAGUUUAAUGAGACUAAUUUCUAAAAGAAAAAUAAAAUAAACAAAUUAACUAAAUGAAAACUGUUGGGAGAAAUUCAAUGGAGAAAGCUCUGGGAGAAACACCGGGAUUCACUACCUAUCUUAUCCAGAUUAAUUCACAUAUUCCAAUCAAUUUAUCCAUACCUCUACAGCCAGGAUAUCACGAAUGUGCUAGCUAUCCCUGUCGGGCAUUACUACGUACUAAACAAUUAAAUCAAAUCCUACUGUCGUAGCUCAAUGACCUAAUUAUUUAGCCUGAAGAUCGAUAUCCCAUUUAAGACCGCAUAGUACCUUAUUUAAUCCACUGUCGCUUCGAUAAGUUACUAUGUCACAUGAAACAGGUUCAGUUAAUAGGGUUUCACUGUCGCUAAUAACCUAAUUAACUACAAAUCAUUGUAUUGGUGGCCAGUCAACACAAAGCAUUAAGAAAUUUCAUGCAAUAGAGAUUGGAAGAAAAGAAUCAUAAAUCAAUCCAUCAAAUCAAGAAGUAGCCACAUCCUAUGGUGUUUCCCCCAGAAAACGGGGUUUAGUUCAUGACGACAUUAAGAUAAAACAUUAGAGUUUUGUUCAUCAUGUUCUAAAUCAACAAUACACAACUAGUUCGGUUUAGAAAAUCCAACCAACUACUCGCUCUCAUUGAAUUCAGCUCAAACCGUCUUGUGAGACUGAUUGCCAAUUGAUGAGAGUUGUUCGUCCCAAGCUCCGCUGCGCCGCUCGCUGCUGUUCUUUCUAUUCUCCAAAAAAUUCCGCCCCGCACUCAAUUAAAAGUGAGACUCCCCUCAUUCAAUUAAGUCCGCUCAAAUAUAUAUGCCUCCCAAAACACUGCGUUCCACUCACUUUCUCCUCCUCCCAAAAUGACAAAACAACUUGGUCCAAAGCUUAAUUCCGUGUCCCCCUCUUCACUACAAGACAAUGGACUUGGUCCAUAUAAUAUGAAGAAUGCUCCUGGUGGCUAGUGCUCUCUCCAGAAGAGGACAAAGAAGAUGGGCCAAUUAAUUCAAGUGCGUAGU